AUAUGUUAUAAGAAUCAAUAUACCUAUUAACAAAAAAAAAGUCAAAAGAAAAUAAAUCCACAAUAUAAGCAAAAAUUUAAAACAAUUUUUAUCAUAUAACUUAUGUGGGCUUUUCUUGUACAUUCAAAGUUUACCAACCCCAUGUGGCCUUUUCCCGUACACCCAAAGUUGACAUGCAUGGCUAACCAAGAAAAUUCCAUCUCGCUAGCUUCAAAUAGAUUUCCUAUAUAAACUCAACGGCUUAUCAUUCUCCCUCAUAACUUCAAGACAUUUGUUUAAGAACAUGAAGAUGAUGAUAAUCAACAUUUUCUUCAUCCUCUCCCUAGUUUCGUCCAUCUCUUUUGCUUCAGUUCAAGACUUUUGUGUAGCUGAUCCGAGCGGUCCUCAAGGCCCAUCAGGAUUUUCUUGCAAGAACCCUGACCAGGUCACCGCGAACGACUUCGCAUUCUCCGGUCUUGCCAAAGCGGGAAACACUUCUAACAUGAUUAAAGCCGCAGUGACUACAGCCUUUGCCCCUGCUUUCUCAGGCGUCAAUGGCCUCGGAAUCUCAGUGGUUCGUCUUGACUUAGCCGCUGGUGGUGUAGUCCCUCUUCACAUUCAUCGUGGUGCGUCUGAGGUUCUUAUAGUUAUAGAAGGAACCAUCCGCGGAGGAUUUAUUUCCUCUGAUAACAAAGUUUACUUGAAAACUCUCCAGAAAGGCGAGGUUAUUGUGUUUCCUCAAGGACUUCUUCACUUUGCGCUUAACAAUGGGACAGGCCCUGCCUUGGCCUUUGCUGCGCUCGGAAGCUCCAACCCCGGCGUACAGCUUGUACCCAGUGCUCUGUUUGCAAGUGAUUUGCCUUCAGAACUCGUUGAAGCCACGACUUUCCUUAGCCGUGAAGAGAUUAGGAGACUUAAGCGUGUGUUUGGAGGAAGUAACUAAGCUUCUCUUGAAUUGUAUGAAAUAAUAAGCAUUGUAUUGCAAACGUCUAAGAUGCCUCGGCACCUAUCAAAUAAUAAGCACUGUAGAGGUCUAAGAUGCCUCGCAGUUAUCAAAUAAUUAAUGAGCAUUGCACCAAGUUCACAGGUC